AUGUCCCACAUUUGGUACACUAUAACUAUUUGCGGCAAUUUUCUCUUUGGUUUUACGGAUACGCAUGCAUAUAAUGUACCGACGUUUAUUCGUGAUACGAUCACACAACCCAAAGAGCUAUAUACGCAGGUUCUACUAUGUAUAGUGAUGCUGUGUAAAACAACUAGUUGGAUUUGCUGGCUCCUCGCCGCGUGUAUCUGCCUUUCCGAAGCAAAGAAUAAGAUUAGAAGACCUUUAUCUCCACCGUACGCUUCUACAUUGAUAUUAAAAAAACCUCGGCCUAUUAAUCAGAGAAUAUCUAUGGGAAACACCAUUCAUAUUGGUAGUAGUCUAUCUCAUCAGAGAGUACCUUACAACAAGCACACCAAUUAUAGAAUUCGUCGGCCAAUUUAUAACGUUUUGUCGACUAGCUGGAAGAAUCAAAUUCCAAUGCGAGCAAUAUCCCUGAAUAAUCGACCAAUUUUGUCACAACGUGUUUCCACUAAAGGAUUGUAUUCUAUAAACAAGGUACCGGAAUACAGUCCGGAAUACAAGCCUGCAGAAUUAGUAGUUUUGCCACCUACUCAUCGAGGGGAUGUCGAUGAUGAUAAAGGACCUAUUCAUACGAUUCCGGCGCCCAAUUUAAGCCCAGCAGAUAAGCCAUACAAUAUGGCUACCAAUUUGGAAGAUAUCAUGGACCGCCGACCGUAUCAGUCAUCAAGCGACCUCAAUUAUCAUAUUUCUGUACAAAAUCCUAGAAGAACCAAUUUUGGAUUAGCCACUAUUAGUAGUAGUUCGUCACAAGGAACAGUGACAAACUUGAUUCCGCCGCAACAUCAGUACGAAGUUACAGAAAGCAACGACGUAAUUCCAAAGGAACAGCAAACUAUUCAGUCGGCUAUUUUUCAACCGCAGGAUUUAGAUAUAACGAAGCUGUACUCAAUUAUAAUUAACAAUCCUCAGCCGCAAUCUAAUGAGCUUUUUGCAAAUCACCCAGUUAACUCAGAUACGAGUGUUCUAGGUUCGAAUGUACAAUUUGGCCAAUCAAACAUGCCAAUGCAAACGAAUCUUCAUAGUUCUCUACACGUCGGAUUUCCUUCUACUGCCAUUCCACCGUACACUAUAGCACAACAGAUACCAGCGGAUCUUCACGUGGGCCAUCCUGCUCCAGCAGGGCCACCAUUAUCAGCUUCGCAACUCUACGAUCUGUUAAAUGAUUUUCCACCUAAACUUGCGGAACAAUAUACAACAGAUCAACAACGCAUCCUUCAGCAACAAUUUGGCCAAAUAUCAGAAUCAGAUGCAGUAACAAGCUUUUCUCAACCACAAAUGCAUUCCUUCAAUUAUGAUGAACAGACUGACCAGUUAAUACAGCAGCGAGAGCAGCAAAUUUUAUCUGAUCGAGAUUACGCCUCGAAAAGUGUCACGGCAGAUUAUAAUCUUAAUUCAGAAUCUUCCUUUGACAUACACAAUCAAAACAAUGUACGCUCCAACGAAGAACUUACAUAUCCUAUAGAUGGAACAACCGAACAAUCUGAAAACAAUAUCGAAUAUGGAGAAAUAGCCCAAAGAAAUCUGACCAAGUAUUUCGAUAAAGUGGCCAACGAUAGUCCUAUAUCGACAAGAUUCUAUACGACACUUCCCAACAGAGAGGCUGCUGAAAAAUUAGCUGCGUUGGCCGCUGCUGGUAAUAUCAACAGUCGUCUCAUCGGCCAGCUCCGAAAACAACAGAAAAAAAGUAUGAAAAAAGAUGAAUCAGUGCCGCUUAAUCAUAAGAACGAUGAUGAUGAUGUAGUAAAUUAUAGAAAGUCUCAGAUCGAUGAUGAUGAACAACAAAAAUAUAAUCAACUGAAAUCAAACCAGAAUAGUCAGCAGCAUCACCGCAGACAAAGUUAUAAAGUGCAAAACGAUGAAAAGUUACCUCUACAAAUUACAGUACCUGACGAGAGUGACUACGCUACGAGCGACAAUAAUCAAAGUGAUAUAAAGAAAGACGAUAUAGAUAUCGAAUACGAGUAUGAGAAUGAAGAUGGAGAAAUUGAAGAUACACAAUCGGCGACUUUGCUCGAUGCAAAUACAAAAUCGCACGAUAAUGAUUCCCCUAUUGAGUUUGGUAAUCGUUUGCGUUCUUAA